AUGGCUCCCAAACGCAAACGCAAAGCCACCGCUACUGCGGCUUCCAAGAGACCAAAGCGUACCUCACGCAAUGACAAGACCAAGACCGCGCCCGUGUCCGAUCUUCCGCCACUUCUCACAUUGCCAGCAGAGUUGAGGAACACCAUCUACGAACAUGCCCUGGUCACCACAGAGCAUACAUUGAUCUCACCAGCUCUUCGACUGCCAGGCCUUCUACUGCAGCUCCGAGAUGAAGGUAGCCUGAUCUGGCUCCUCCAGAACAAGUUUCACAUCACCAUCACCGACUGCGACAGUACUCUGUUGGCUCGGUUCGACGAAUUCGAUAUGGCAAUGAGGCGGAGGUUGAAUGGCCACAUGAAGUGGGAAGUUCAAACGGUACUUGGAGGCUAUGUAGAUCGCCCUUGGCCUAACUUACUCGAAUGGUGCAAGCGCAUCUGGGAGUACGGCCCCACAUACUCACACCUGGAGGACGACAUGAGUCCAUACGAGCGAGUCGUUGCCAGCGCACACACAAUCACCGAACGAUAUCGAGACGAGAGCAGGAGCUGGGACGAGUGUCAAAAGACGCUAGAGGUUCUGAAGUUCGCAGUCAACUGGUAG